UUCCCCUUUGUUCGAGUUCGCCAUUUUGCGAGGCAGCGGCAGUGGCGGCGGCAGCGGCGGCUGGAGCCUCUGAUUGGGUUUCGGGGUCCGGUACUGGAGCCAAUCAGCGCGGGCAGCGAACCGGGGGAGCGAGGCACGUCUUCUAGGAUCUCCAGAGUGAAGUUCACCGUGGCCAGGACUGUAACUGGGAGGGAUCAUGGAGCAGUACACAGCAAACAGCAGUAGUUCCACAGAACAGAUUGUUGUGCAAGCUGGACAGAUUCAGCAGCAGCAGCAGGGUGGUGUCACUGCUGUCCAGUUGCAGACUGAGGCCCAGGUGGCAUCCGCCUCAGGCCAGCAAGUCCAGACCCUCCAGGUAGUCCAGGGGCAGCCAUUAAUGGUACAGGUCAGUGGAGGCCAGUUAAUCACAUCAACUGGCCAGCCCAUCAUGGUCCAAGCUGUCCCUGGUGGACAAGGUCAAACCAUCAUGCAAGUACCUGUGUCUGGGACACAGGGUUUGCAGCAGAUACAGUUGGUCCCACCUGGACAGAUCCAGAUCCAGGGUGGGCAGGCCGUGCAGGUGCAAGGCCAGCAGGGCCAGGCCCAGCAGAUCAUCAUCCAGCAGCCCCAGACGGCAGUCACUGCUGGCCAGACCCAGACCCAGCAGCAGAUUGCCGUCCAGGGGCAGCAGGUGGCUCAGACUGCUGAAGGCCAGACCAUUGUCUAUCAGCCAGUUAAUGCAGACGGCACCAUUCUGCAGCAAGUCACAGUCCCUGUUUCAGGCAUGAUCACCAUCCCAGCAGCCAGUUUGGCAGGAGCACAGAUUGUCCAGACAGGAGCCAACACCAACACCACCAGCAGCGGACAGGGGACUGUCACUGUGACACUACCAGUGGCAGGCAAUGUGGUCAAUUCAGGAGGGAUGGUCAUGAUGGUGCCUGGUGCUGGCUCUGUGCCUGCUAUCCAAAGAAUCCCUCUUCCUGGGGCAGAGAUGCUGGAAGAAGAGCCUCUCUAUGUGAAUGCCAAACAGUACCACCGUAUACUGAAGAGGAGGCAAGCCCGGGCUAAACUAGAGGCCGAAGGGAAAAUCCCAAAGGAAAGAAGGAAAUACCUCCAUGAGUCUCGGCACCGUCACGCCAUGGCUCGGAAGCGGGGUGAAGGUGGGCGGUUUUUCUCUCCAAAGGAAAAGGAUAGUCCCCAUAUGCAGGAUCCAAACCAAGCAGAUGAAGAAGCAAUGACACAGAUCAUCCGAGUGUCCUAACCUCAGGCCCCUUGAGGGAGCAGAUCAAGGUCAUGUUCCUCGCCACUGUUUCCCACCGUUCCAGGAAAUUGAUCACCUCUUCCGAUGGGACACUGACUAUUAUGUUCUGCCCUUUUCUACAGGACAGAAACCACUUAGUUUUUAAUAAGUGGCUCAGUAUUAUAAUUGCAGCGGGGUCUGGCAAAUUGAAGUCGCAAGCCUUUGUCAGGGCCUAUUUCAGACUGUUGAUGACAUUGACAUUUCAUGGAUUAGGAUGAUGCAAGGGACCCGUGCAUAUAAGUGCACACACAACACUUAUGUCGGCUAGUGAAGCCAGCCAGCCAUUUUAGCGGAGGAGAACCUUCCCCACCAGGACUGCAGUCAGGGAAGCUGAAGUCCACGCCUUCCCAUGGAACUGAAGCAGCAUCCGUCUCUCUGAUGGGGGAUCUCAGGCUGACUAACCGAAUGGACACUUUGUAUUCAGAGGCGGCUUCCAGGCAAGGAAGUUCCCUCUCGUGAUAUGGAAACAAUAAAUUCUCUGAGAUACAUUCAUCUAAUCUGUGGUAUUAAUAGGAAUCUCUUUCUACCCAGAUGGUAGGUUGGUAUUUUUGGACUCCAGCCAAGAAAAAGCUAACUCUGGGGAUAGAACGACAAGACUCAAGCACUAAAUCUAUAAAUUGCUGACUCUCUCUUUUCUUUUAAGCUUUGACUUUAAAGUUGUGGUCUGUCAACAGAUCAUGUGGACCAUAGUUCUUGCUUCCGCUACUUUUAAGACAACAUAGAGGGUACUGGAUCUUGAAACUGCCUUUCCUAAGUAGAGAACAAAACCAUAAAACAACCUCUCUGCUGAAGUGCUGAGGACAUUUGUAGUAACUCCUAAACAGAGAGCCAAACUAGAGAUUUUCAGUCAUAGGCUUUGCGGCAGCAUUUGGUGCAUAGAAGGGUUCACAUGUGUUUCAGUCUAGCAGCAGAAGAGAGGGCAGGAUAUAUACCCAUGUGUUGUCACAUAGCAUGAUUCUCCAGCGGAUGGAUGCCUGGGAUGAAUUAUGAAAAAAAUAACUUGCAUUUCUGCUAUCACGCAUGGAAAGGGAGAAAUCCAAGAACUGGUCUUUGACAAUUCCUGUCUGGAAAGCGCUGUUCAGUCAUGCUCUCCUGGGCGUAUUCCAGGUUAUCCUCUCGAGUUUAAGGUGAAUGUUGGCUUCACUCCUGCAGUACUUUGUUUUGUGCUGGCCCCAGAGAGUGAACAUUCUCUUUAUUCCCUUGGCAGAAGAUUCUUUGGUGCCAGUCUCCAUGUUGCCCUUUUUCUACAUAGGCUUGUCCAGCAGAAAGGUUUUUACAUUGCAUCCACAUUCUGGGGAUAAGCUACAGACUGGCAGUAGUGAUGGCCUGCAGGGGCGAGAAUUGGGUCCUAGAAUGGACUGUGCCCCCGAGAUUGAUUUUUUUUUUU